AUGCUCGAAGAUUCGAAUACAAUCGAUCCAGUCUUGCUUGAUCCAAGCGUAAGACUUCGACAAUUGAUUGGUUCAGCUGAACAAAUGAAAGUGAAUCCUGGUGUUCCACUGUUAAGAUAUUAUCAGGCUUUGUUGGACAUGGAUAAAAUGGCCAAGUCAUAUAUCGAAGAAAUUUCUUUAGAAAAGGCGUUUAUAUUACUCUAUCGAUUUUCGUGGUUUUCGAUAUCGGAGUUGAAGAAGCAUCCAGAAUUUCCUAUGCACGACUCACCAGAUAAAAGAAAAGUCUAUCAGCUAAUAAAAUCAAAUAUGGAAAUGACGGAGACUCUUAAAAGUCGGAUCAAGCACGUAUAUUCUACCCAAGCAGAUUAUUAUCAGUACGAAGAACAACAGAGAAAAAUGAAAAAUGAGAAUUUCGAUCUUUGGAUUUCAAAAAGAGAAGAAGCUGCCAGGGAAGCUGCAAGAUUGUACAAAAUUGCCGAAGAAGUGGCAACAAAAUCGGGAAUGGUGAUGGGAAAAAUGAUGACGCUCAAAUUGGUACCGGAUGACGUACAUGUCAAAAGUGUUAAUCCAACGUUGUUGCCCGCAAGAGACGAGAAAAAGAUGUUGCCUCCAAAGCCAAAUAAUCGAGAAAAGGUGCGGGACCCAGAAGAAGAAGAAGUACCCGCCAAACGGCCAAUUGUCGCCGCAUCGCCUCCAAUUACACCAGGGACAUCGUCAUCAUCCGCAUUCCGGCCUGUUCAAAAGCACAAAGAUGAACAAUUCACGUUCGCGCCAAUGUACCCAGAUCUUUCUGAAAAUCAUUCGGGUUUUAAAGAACCAGAAGUGCCGAUCGGCAGCAGACAAAUGGAGAUGCCAAGCGAUUUGGUGCAGAAAUUCUUGGACACUACUGCGGAUAAUACGACGAAAAACAUCGAAACUUGUGGAAUUCUCGGAGGAAAAUUGAUUAAUCAGAAAUUUCGUGUCAGCCAUGUGAUUCUUCCUAAACAAACAGGAACAGCUAAUGGUUGCUCAUCAGAAAAUGACGUGGAAAUUGCUGCGAUGUUAUCGAACUCAAAUCUUCUCUCACUUGGAUGGAUUCACACCCAUCCAACUCAGACUGCAUUUUUAUCAUCGGUUGAUUUGCACACUCAAUACGUCUACCAACAGAUGAUUCCUGAAGCCGUUGCUGUUGUGGCUGCUCCAUCGCAUAAUGAGGUUGGUACUUUCAUAUUGACGCCAGAAGGAAUGAAUACAUUGUCAUCGUGCAGUCAACGCGGCUUCCAUCCUCAUACAGAAUCUGUUGGUCAACUGUUCACCGCCGCUAAACAUAAAAAAGUAGCACCAAAAUGUGUCGAAGAAGGGAAUGCGACGAAAAGAGGGAGAGCUUCAAAGAAGAAAUUAUCCGAAGAAAGCGAAAACUCUGAGAAACGCAUUUCUGAUACAGAGAAUAUUCCUGAAAAAAAGCCGAAAAAUGACGUCGAAAUAAAAAAUUCCGAUGAGUCAAUGGAGGAUCCGGCACAGGAAGUAUCGCUGAACUUAUCUGGUGACAAAAUUGAAGAAGACGAUACCGAUGACCAAUUGGGAGACAAAUUUAUUAAAAUAGAGCGUCCCCGUCGGUCUGUUGCUUCUCGUAGAUCAUAUGUUCCAUCGAGAGCAGAAGAUGACAUGAUUCUUUUUUCAACGUCUUCUUCGUCGAGUGAUAUUGACAGUUCAAGUGACGAUAACGAACUCUCGUUUAAGGAAGAAGUUAAAAAAGAAAAGAAAAGAGAAAACGAAAGGCAAAAUGCUAUAAGAAAUACGCGAAAGAAGGCUACGACAAAUAAGCAUGAUUCCACACUCAGUACAUCUGAUGACGAUAUGAUGAGUGAAGCAUCAGAUUCUGGGAUGGAAGAAAUCGCGGCGAAAAAUAAGAAAAAGGCAACGACGGUCAAAUCUUCUGGGCGAUGUCGAAAACAAUCUUCGAGUAAAUCAUCGGCACCGAAGAAAAUGAAAAGCGGUGGCGGCAAAAGUACUUUAAGAGUCACUGCACCUGCUAAACCAGAACAGCCGUGGAAGAAAAAUUUAGCCGCAUAUGAGAAAGAUCGCAAAAAAGCUCGCGGAGAACGCAAAAUGGCUGAAUAUCGAGUUGUGGCACGCGCAUUAGCGCGAGGAAGAAUUGAAGAAAUCAGCUAUGAAGAAUGCUACGCUUUAAACUGCGAAUUGAAGCGCGUUUAUCAAGAAGGUGUAAAACUUCUCGAAGCAGUUGAGAAAAGAAAGCGAGAAGAGGAAACUGGUGAGAAGGAGGAUUCGUCUGAAGAUGAAUGGGAAGAAAUGGAACAUUUUGAACCUGUUAUUGAUGAUAAUAUUGAAGUUACAUUGCACACUGAAGAAAAUAUGGAGCGAGAUUGGUGGGUGGUCUAUUUGAGACAAGAAACCAACAGAUGCAUCAGAAAUGUUUGGGAAAACACUCACAAAACUCAUUUAUUGUGUUAUAUGUGCCAUCUUCAUCAACUUGUCAAGACUGGUUUAGAUGAAUUGCUUGCUCCUUCUUUGAUGGUUUCCCAGCUACCCUCUGGAUAUUCCAAAUAUAUUGGCGAAACUCUUCCGAAUGACGUUCUUUUAAAACUUGUCAAAUGGUAUGCCGACUCGUUUCGCCCACUGAACGGAUUCAUCUCGGUGACUGCGAUUGAAGCGGAAUUGAAGAAGGGACAGGAAGCGAGAUAUCCGGCGACAUCCCGUCUUACCGCGUUGAUCAACAAAAAGUGCUUCGAAACAGAUUGUGACAGAGCAGUGCUUCUUUUCUGUCUUCUCGUUGGAAUGGAAGCAACGGCAAGAAUCUGUGUAAAUGUGAAAGCGAUUUCGAGAAGAUGGGAUAAGGAUCAACAAGUUCAAUUGCGGGCCGAAAUGGAUAAAUUUCGAGAAUGUUCUAAAUCUCGCAGUCAGACUCCGAAACUUGAAGAUGGGAAAACGAGCACGAAGAGCAAGAAAGGAAAGACGAAGCAAAAGGAGAUUCAUGUUGAGAGAAAUUACUGGGUUGAAUACUGGAAUCCGCGAGAAAAACGUUGGAUUUGUGUAGAUCCUCUGGUACUGACCGUUGACGAGCCAUUGAAAAUCGGCGAAGAGAUCAAUGGGCCGAUUUCUUAUGUUUUUGCUGUCGAUAAUAAACGUGGAAUUUGUGAAGUCACGCAAAGAUAUGCUGUUGACUGUGUUAAGCAAGACUUCCGACGACGUCGAACCGAUACCAGAUGGAUAAAUACGACUCUUCGUCUUCCAAUCUUCGCUGCAAACGAAGAACGACGAAAAUGGGAAAAGAUGCACAUGAAUGAGGAGCUUAUCAAACGUCCGUUGCCAACAACACUUAGCGAAUAUAAGAAUCAUCCGCUAUAUGUCCUUGAGAAGGAUUUGUUGAAAUUUGAAGCGAUCUACCCUCCACCGGAAACACAGAAGCCACUCGGAACGAUUCGCGGUCAUAAUGUCUAUCCUAGAUCGUGUGUUUAUACAUUGCAAGGGGAAAAUAAUUGGUUGAAACUUGCCAGAAGUGUUAAGAUUGGCGAGAAACCAUAUAAGGUGGUAAAAGCUCGUCCUGAUUUUAGAGUUCCUGCCGAAGAUCGGGUGCAACAAUAUCUCAAUGUGUAUGGAUACUGGCAGACUGAGCCAUAUCGACGUCCGAAAGCUGUUAACGGAAAAAUUCCGCGCAAUGAAUAUGGAAAUGUGUAUAUGUUCAGCCCGACGAUGUGUCCGAUUGGAUGUGUUCAUCUUAAGCUUCCCGGACUUGUUCAAAUUGCGAGAAAAAUUAAUAAGGAAUGCUCUCAAGCAGUAGUUGGAUGGGCGUUUGAUGGAGGAUGGACUCAUCCGGUAAUGGAUGGAGCUAUUGUUCUCGAAAAAGAUGUCGAGAGUUUCGUGAAGGAAUGGAGCCGAAUUGAAUGUGGAAGAGCCGCGAAUGAAGAAGCGAAACGACUUGAAAGAGUCUAUGGCAAUUGGAAGACUUUGAUCAAAGGCGCAUUGAGAUUGAAAUAUGUCAAGGAUCAAUUUGCUCUCAUCAAUAAGGAUAAAAAAAAAACAGAUAAGUUGAAGUUAGAUGAAGAUGGACCAUCGACAUCAACGAAUUUGUGUGAUCAAAAAGAGGAAAUCAUUGACAACAGUGCUGCAAUCAAACCGCUCGAUGGAUUCAGUUUGGAUGAUUUUAUCAAAGUCAAAAAAUGA